AUGGAAAUGGGACUUAUUCGUCUUGUUGCUAUCGCUUUUACACUUGUUCUAGUUUCAAUCCUUCCUCUCCAUGUCUCUCUCGCAGGUGAGAUAACAUCUAUUGAAUCUGUCCCUGACCUUCAGAAGCUAAUGUAUGUUGCUGUUGAUGGGUAUCCUUGUGUACGGCUUCUCAAUCUUUCUGGAGAGAUUGGAUGUGCCAAUCCUGGCUUGAAAAAAGUGGUGGCUCCAAUCAUCUUAUUAAAGGACGUUAAAGAUUUGGAACAGCCACACACUAUUUUGGUCACAGCUGAUGAAAUGGAAGAUUUCUUUAGCAGGGUGUCCAAUGAUUUGAGCUUUGCUAGCAAAGUUGGUGGUGUUCUAGUUGAUUCAGGAUCUAGUUUUCAACAAAAGUUAAAAGGUUUUUCCCCUGACAAAAAGUUUCCCCAAGCACAGUUUUCACCCUAUGCCAACGUUGAGUACAAAUGGAAUCCAGCUGCAUCAAGCAUUAUGUGGAAAGCUUAUAAUUUUCCUGUGUACUUAUUGUCAGAAAGUGGUGUAUCAACUGUGCGGGAGUUCCUUCCCAAGAAAAAGAUGAACCAUAAGACUUAUACCAGUGACGUCGCUGAAUUCAAUAUGGUUAUGGAGACUACCAAAGCUGGAACUCACAAUUCGGAGGCUUGUUUACAGGAAGGAACUUGCCUCCCCUUGGGCGGAUAUAGUGUUUGGUCUUCACUUCCACCAAUCAAUGUUUCGUCUUCCAACAAUCACAAGCCGAUUGUACUAACUGUGGCCUCCAUGGAUUCAGCAUCAUUUUUCCGUGACAAGAGUUUUGGUGCAGAUUCACCAAUAUCUGGACUGGUAGCUCUUCUGGGAGCAGUUGAUGCUCUUUCUCGAGUUGAUGGUUUUAGUAAUCUCAAAAAGCAGCUUGUAUUUUUGGUUCUGACUGGAGAGACGUGGGGUUACCUUGGCAGCAGGAGGUUCUUACACGAACUAGAUCUGCACUCAGAUGCUGUUGCUGGCCUUAGCAAUACUCAAAUUGAAACGGUGCUUGAAAUAGGAUCCGUUGGAAAAGGUUUGAGUGGAGGAAUGAAUACCUUCUUUGCUCAUAAAACUAGGGAUUCUUCUGUUACAAACAUGACACUGGAUGCUUUAAAGAUAGCUCAGGAUUCACUUGCAUCAAAGAACGUCAAAAUUCUUCCAGCGGAUAUUACAAACCCUGGAAUUCCCCCUUCGUCCUUAAUGGCAUUCAUGAGAAAGAACCCUCAGACUUCAGCUGUUGUACUUGAAGACUUUGAUUCCAAGUUUGUGAAUAAGUGCUACCAUAGUCACCUUGAUGACUUAUCAAAUAUCAACUCCUCAUCAGUAGUAGCUGCUGCUUCCAUUGUGGCCCGUACACUUUACAUCCUUGCAAGUGACAGCAAAGACACAAGCAGUUCGGCUCUGGGAUCCAUCCAUGUCAAUGCUUCUUUCGUUGAAGAGCUUUUAACUUGUCUUUUAGCUUGUGAACCGGGAUUAUCUUGCGACUUGGUGAAAGAUUAUAUCUCACCAACAAACACUUGCCCAGGCAACUAUGCUGGUGUCAUCCUUGGAGAACCUUCCUCCAAACCUUACCUUGGUUAUGUCGGUGAUGUGUCUAGAUUCCUUUGGAAUUUUCUGGCAGAUAGAACAUCUGUCCAAAAGGGAAACACAGCUUCGGUAUGUUCAAAAGGAGUCUGUAGCAAACCAGGCGAAGUGUGCAUCAAAGCAGAGAGCAACAAGGAGGGAACAUGUGUUGUCUCCACAACCAGGUAUGUUCCAGCUUAUUCAACCCGACUGAAGUAUGCCAAUGAAGCUUGGACGAUUCUGCCUGAAAACUCAUCAGAUUCUAUGGGGAUGGUUGAUCCAGUCUGGACAGAGAGCAACUGGAACACUAUAAAGGUGCAUGUGUACACAGUCCAGCACUCGGUAUACGACAAUGCAGUCCUUGUUGGAGGUAUUGCAGUCACAACGGUGGCUUACAUCGGGAUUCUGGUUGCCAAAUCCUUCAUUACAAAAGCCUUGAAGCAGGACUGA